AUGGCUGCUGAGAAAACACCGCUCGUCGCGUCGGACGCGUCUGCACCCGUGCAGCCAAGCCACGUGCAACGCUACUCCAAACGUCAAGCGGUAGGAAGACUGUUUGCCAUCGCCGCCACAGCUACGCUCAUACUCUAUGGAAUUCCGCAGGUCGACUAUGAGCCGACCGGCGACUAUCCAGAGGAGAGCGAGCUAUGUCUGACUCCAGCUUGUGUGCAUGCGGCCUCAGAGGUUCUCUACAACCUAUCACCUCAGUACAAAGAGCUUGACCCAUGCGAUGACUUCGAAGAGCUUGUCUGCGGUGGCUGGAGAGACCGCCAUGACUUGCGAGCUGACCAGGGUGAUGCCUUUACCGGCACAAUCAUGUCGGAGAACUCGCAGAUGCUGCUUCGCCACAUUCUCGAGGCUCCUUACCCCAAAGACUCCGAGCAUUCUUACUUCUCACCCAUGCAGCUGAUGUCAACUGCCAAAUCCGCCGAUGAGGAGAACUUUGACAAGAUGAGAGCGGCUUACGAUGCGUGCCUCAACGAAGACAAGAUCAAGAGCAUUGGCGCUGGGCCUUUGAAGCAGGUCCUUGACGAGAUCAAGAAGACGUGCUCUGCCAUCGCUUCGGACUCCAACUCGAUCAAGGACACUAUCCUUCUUCUGGCCAAGUACGGUAUCACUGGUCUUGUUUCAACUGGCACCGGUGCCGACGACACCGACCCGGACACUGUUGUCGUGUCUGUUGGUGCCCCGUACAACUUCGGACUACCUUCCAAGGAGCGCUACGAAGACGAGAAGCUCGUUGAGAAAUACCGUGGUGUCGCUGUUGAAGUUCUCAGCGCGAUGUACCCCGACCAGGAUAAGGCUGUAUUUGAGGGUAUCAUUGAUCUCGAAAAAAAACUCGCGGCAGCAUCUCCAAGCGAAGAAGACCGCGAAGAUGUCACGAAGUCUUACAACCCAUUCUCGAUCGACGACGCGGCUGCGAUCGCUCCCGAAAUCGAGCUGAAGGCGCUUCUCGCAGGCCAGGCUCCAGAGGGCAGCGACAUCAAACGCGUCAUUGUCACGACCCCGAACUAUCUAAAGGAGCUGUCAAUAAUUCUCGCAGCUACAUCCGAGGAUGUUCUCCAGGCCUACUUCAUUUGGAAGGCCGUCCAGUCUCUCUCUGCUUACGUCGAUGCGGACGCUGUCAAGCCUUACCGUCGGUUUGUCAAUGUCCUCGCAGGCAAAGACCCUGACUCCGCUCCUGAGCGAUGGCGAUCAUGUGUCAGCCACGUCGAUAACGGAUUGGGUUGGAUCUUGAGCCGCUUCUUCGUAGAGAAGGCCUUCUCCGCUGAGGCCAAGAAGUUCGGCGACACCAUUAUCACAGACAUCAAGACCGAGUUCGCCAAAAAGCUGAACGCUGCUGAAUGGAUGGACAAGGAUACUGCGAAGAAGGCUGUCGAGAAGGUGCACAACAUCGUCCAGAAGAUCGGCUACCCCACCAACAGCCCGAAUAUCAUGGACCCACCUACGCUUGAGGAAUACUACGAAACCGUCAAUGUUUCAUCAGACGCAUUCUUUGCCAAUGCACUUGCCAUGCGCCGCUUUGAGGUUAAAGAAGAGUGGUCCGCCCUUGGAAAGCCCGUGGAUCGUGAUCAGUGGGAUAUGUCUGUCCCAACAGUGAACGCCUACUACAACCCUCCCGGUAACGAGAUCGUCUUCCCUGCUGGUAUCAUGCAGUUCCCAGUCUUCGACGUCAAUGUACCCGCGUACAUGUCCUACGGUGCUUUCGGGUCCGUUGCUGGUCACGAACUCAGUCACGCUUUCGACAGCACUGGUCGUCACUACGACCAGAACGGCAACCUCACCGACUGGUGGUCCAACUCAACAGUAGAGGCCUUCGAGCAGAAGGUCAAAUGCUUUGUUGACCAAUACUCCAACUUCACCGUUCCUGGCCCCGACGACAAGCCUCUGCACGUCAACGGCAAGCUCACUCUCGGCGAGAACAUUGCCGAUGCCGGUGGUCUCUCUGCGUCUUUCCAGGCUUGGAAGCGCCGCUCGGCCGAGACACCCAACCAGAAUCUCCCUGGUCUAGACCACUUCUCGCAAGAGCAGAUGUUCUUCGUCAGCUACAGCAACUGGUGGUGUGGCAAGACUCGUAAGGAUACCGCCAUCAACCGUGUCUACACCGAUCCUCACGCACCUAAAUGGGCACGUAUUCUGGGUACAAUGGCGAACUCAAGGGAGUUCAGGGAGAGCUUCCAGUGCAAGGUCAAGGAGCCUACGUGCCAGCUUUGGUAG